AGGCUGGCUGGCUGGCUGGCUGGCUUCGAUGGACUCGGCGGGGACAAAAGCGGCGCGGGAGAGCCCAGCCUGGGGCAGCUGUCGGCCGGGAGGUCGCCUGGACAUGAGCCACGGCUUUGUGCGGCACAUCCGGCGCAACCAGAUCGCCAGGGACGACUAUGAUAAGGAGAUGAAGGAAGCUAAGGAAAAGGUAAAGAAGAGGCAUACACCAGCCCCAGCCAGGCCCAAGAAACCAGAUCAGCAGGUCUAUCACCCAUGCCGGAGAAGUAGAGCUGAAACCAUAUCUGGCCUGGAGUAUGAGGGAUCCAGUGAAAGCAGCUCCAGUACAGAACCAGACCAGCUCUCUUCUGGACCAGCUCUCUUCUGCCUGGAAUAUGAGGCUGACAGUGGAGAGAUCACUUCAAUUGUUGUACACCAGGACAAUGACCCUGAUGAGGUAGCCGAGAAGGUCAGUGCUCAGAACCAGCUGGAACCAGCUAUGCGAGAGGCCCUGAGACGGCGGGUGCAGGAGGAGCUGGAGAAGCGACGGGUGAAGCGCUGAGGGACUCGUCAGGACGCCUGUGCUGUUUGCUAAUGCUUACCUGGGAAACACUUUCUGGGAAGGGGCCAGUGGGACAUGUCCCAUAGCUGUUGGUUUGAAGCCUUUAAGAGGGGCAGGGAAUUAGCUGAACCCUGGCACAAGGUAGGACUGGCCAUUGUAGCUUCCUCCUCCUGAGACACAGCUGAGACACUGUGCCCUCGAUGAGUGAUUUGGAGGAGCAGUAGCUGCAGUAGGAGAAUCUCUUUUGGGAACAGCUUGCGUUCUCUUGGAGACCUACACAGAAAGAAGCAGUCCAUUUGAAACUUGGUCAGACGUCUCCUUUAUAGCCCUGGGCAAUUGGCUCAUGACCAAACCUUCUGUCAAGGUGGUGCCGUACCCCCUCCCCUCUCUUGUGAUUAGCCAAACUGCUGGCUGUUGUAUCUCUAGGUAUUAGGUGAAUACAGACCAAGGGGGACAUUUCAUAUUGUUGCUCAGCAAUCUUUCUGUGGGUGAAAAGUGCUUGAACCCAUCUAGUAGCAUUUGGGUGAGCACUUGCUAGUUCCCUGCAAUUUGUCUUGGCAGGAAAUAUAAACAACUUUACAAUUGGAAUUCCUCAGGAUGAUUGUGAUAUGACCCAGCAUGUCUUGGGUGGGACUGGCAAGCCAGUCUUCAAAGAGCACUGGAGGGCUGCUGGUCCUGCUGCUGCAUUAUGCAGAAGGCAUUGGACUUCAAGGGGGCUGUGGGGUCAACAAGCCUUGUUCAGAUUUAGACAUGUCCUUUCUACAGCAUAUUUUUUUCUGCCUGUAGACUCUUUCCCCUCAAAAUGUUGUUUUCUAGCAUUUCAUUUAUUUUGUUAGGAUAUGGGCAAUUGACUGGGUUGCAGCUGACAUCUGGCAGGGUUUUCUUGGGGCUAGGGAUGCUGUUGUGCUGUGCUCUAUUCAUCAACAAAUCUUCUGAAAAACACGCCACAUGAUUGUUAAUAAACGCAUGCAACUUGCUGUUUCGCAUUAGUCCUUUGCUGCAACUAAGAACAGAAUCCUGGAAUUAGUUCUAAGGGCUUUGAUCCUCCCAUGACCCUUCCUCUGGAAGGAAAAUAUAUUUCUGUCUGCCUAUGUUUCCUGA